AUGUUUUUUCUUGGAGUUGGUCUGAUUGAUGAAGAUACAUUUGAGAUAUAUGCUGGAGAAUGGAAACAUGAUAGAAGAGAUGGAUUCGGAGUGUGCGAACGAAGCGACGGAACGAAAUAUGAAGGGGAAUGGCUGGCCAACAGAAGAAAUGGAUACGGAGUGACUUAUUAUCCGGACGGAAAGAAAGAAGGAGGCCAAUACAAAGAUGACAUUUUUUUAUCAGAUAGCCAUAACAAAAAAUGGUUAAAUGGGUUAAUUCUUGCAAGAAAAAAGAGAGAUAAGGAAAAAUUAGCAUCCUCAGUGGCCGCAGCUCAAAAAGCUGCUCAAAUCGCGAGUCAAAAGUCUGACAUUGCUAACUCAAGGUUUAAACCAAUUUCUUAA